GCCAUUAGCUCCGCGAGGGGAUGGAGGAAAGGGUACGCGAGACCUUGUCGGAGGCCGCCCGCAGUGAGGUGAAUAGGCGGAGGAAGGGAGGACGAAGCUUGGACGACGUCGGCGGGUUGUUGUUUCUGGUGAGCUGAGAGGAUGGGAGCGGAAAAGCAGGAGGAGCAGGGCGCCGACACCGGCAUGGCCGGACGUGCGACGCCGGCGAGGGAGAAGUCCAGCUUCGCUGUCACGUGCAGCCUGCUGAGCCAGUACCUCAAGGACAAGAAGGGCGGGCUGCAGGGCCUUGGCGGCCUCGGCAUGGCGCCGCCGCCGCCGGACGCAGCUGGAGCGUUCCGGCCGCCGACCACCAUGAACUUGCUGUCGGCGCUCGACGCGCCGGCGGCCGAGGAGCCAAACGACGCGGCGAAGGCCACGACGGAGGAGGCGAAAGAGCAUGAUCAACAGACCGGCGAAAACCCAAGGGAGGAGGAGGCGCAACAGCUGACAAUCUUCUACGGGGGAAAAGUGGUCGUCUUUGACAAGUUCCCCUCUACCAAGGUCAAGGACUUGCUGCAGAUCGUGAACGCCGGCGGCGACAGGGCCGGCGACACCGCUGCACCACAGCCUUCACAGAACAGUCUCUCUGACAUGCCGAUUGCGAGGAGGAAUUCACUCCAUAGGUUCCUUGAGAAGAGAAAGGGCAGGAUAACUGCAAAGGCGCCAUACCAAGUCAACAGCCCUGUUGGUGUCGAUGCGUCCAAGCAAGCGACUGGAGAGAAGAAAUCUUGGCUGGGGCUGGGCCAAGAAGUGGCAGUGAAGCAGGAGAUCUGAGCUUGGCUGGACGUCAAUCAGUAGAGAUCUCAGAUUCACGGAUGGUGCUCGUCGUAGCUUCGAUCAGGUUAAGGGAAAAGAAUAAUUUACCGUCGGUUACUGCUAGUGAAGUGAAGUUAGGAAUAUUGUUCAGCUGGUGGUGAUCCUACUUGCCCGCCGGCUUACAUGCAUAGAGCCAUAGGCCCCCUCGUUCGUUUGCAAGAUUAUUGUUUGCUGCUGGAGCUGAUAUGCUCACAGCAGUUUCGCUGUUUCGGUCUGUGACUGUGACCGUGACCGUGUUAUGUUGCAACGGAUGGUUGCCUAGCUCGUUAUAUGUUACGGAACGUUCGGCAGUGCACGUUCCUUCCCAUUUCUCGACAUUCCGUUUGUGCUCUCAUGUAGUAGUAGUAUGUUUGCGCUGGAUCCUCCGUCGUGGAGGAGACUUGUAUGCUCAGUGGAAGAUAUUUGGACCAUUUAAUUUUAUGAAUGAACAUGUAUGAGUGUAAUGUACUGUGGUAUUCC